AUGGAGCUCUUUGCUGCAGUAGAAAACCUCAAAUUCUUCAAUGCAAUUCAAAUCAUCAGAGAAGCAGUGAAAAUCCCAGCCAAAUCAUCGUCUCCACUCUUUUUGAUUACUACCAUAACCCUCAUUCUCCCACUUUCAGUGAUCCAGUUGUUAUUUAAGAUUUCAUUCUUCAACUUUUUUACUACCCUUUUCGUGUACUUUCACGGCUAUAUAUCUUCUACCUCCGUUAUCCAUGACUUCUUGUAUGUCCUUUCCCUUUCCGUCUUGUCUCUGCUCUCUACAUCCGUUAUUGUCUUGACAGUGGCUUCUAUUUAUGCAUCCAAAUCCGUCUCCUUUAUCCCCAUUCUCUUUGCAAUUCCUCGCAUAUUUAAACAUCUUAUGAUCACAUUCUUUUACACCUUACUUCUCAUGAUCGUGAACUUCUUGGCCUUUGCGACUUUCAUACAAGUCUUAGUUUGGUUUCAUAUUACUGAAGAUGCUACGAUUUGGCGUUUUAUUUACAUGUUUUACAUCAUAUACCUUCUUGUAUCUUUGUGUGUUACAGCGUUAUGGAUAUUAGCCAGUGUAAUCUCUGUUGUUGAACCAAAUGUUUAUGGGUUGGCAGCCAUGAACAAGAGUAAGCAACUCUUACAAGGGAGAACUAAAAUUGCAUUCGCACUUGUAAGUUUAUACGCGGCGGCUACAUGGAUUGUAGAAAAGGCGUUACGGCAUGCGAUGCAGUUUCCUGUACAUUUCAUGGUUAAGGUCUUAUUGGGAUUGCUGUGUUUAUUCAUGUUGGUGGCUGUUAAUCUCACGGGGCUAUUACUUCAGAGUGUCUUCUACUUUGCCUGUAAAAGUCACCACAAUCAAGUGGUUGAUAAGAAGGUUUUGUAUGAUCAUCUUUGUGGGUACGAUUUCAGUGGUGAUAACUCUGUAGCAUUGAAUUCUCCUAGUACUGGUAGUAUGGAUAUGCAGAGCUUGGUCAAAGAUGACCACGGAGUUGAUUAUCAGCCUGUUGCAAUGAAUGCUAUUACUGAGUACGUCUGA